CUCCCCUCGUCCCACCCCUCACUCCUCCGCCAUGGAGUGACCCAGACUCCGCUGCGCUUCAUCAUCCUCAUCCUCAUCCUCGCGAACAAUAGAGCGGACGCUGCGGCCUGCGCUGCUCCCGGGAUUACCGACACAGCGAGCGAGCGCACGGAAUAAACACGGCAUCGUUUCUGACUCGAACAAUCGGCGAAAGAUGGCGAACGAGUCCCCCGCUAAGAGCCUGGUGGACAUCGACCUCGCGUCGCUGCGCGACCCUGCGGGUAUUUUCGAGCUGGUGGAAGUGGUCGGUAAUGGCACAUAUGGACAAGUGUACAAGGGUCGACAUGUCAAAACCGGACAGCUGGCAGCCAUCAAAGUCAUGGACGUGACUGAAGAUGAAGAGGAGGAGAUUAAGCUGGAGAUUAACAUGCUGAAGAAAUACUCUCAUCACAGGAACAUCGCCACGUAUUACGGCGCAUUCAUCAAGAAGAGUCCUCCAGGACACGACGACCAGCUGUGGCUGGUGAUGGAGUUCUGUGGAGCCGGCUCAAUCACAGACCUGGUGAAGAACACUAAAGGAAACACCCUGAAAGAAGACUGGAUCGCCUACAUCUCCAGAGAAAUCCUCAGGGGUCUGGCUCACCUGCACGCUCAUCACGUCAUACACAGAGACAUCAAGGGCCAGAACGUGCUUCUGACGGAGAACGCCGAGGUCAAGUUAGUGGACUUCGGUGUGAGCGCUCAGCUGGAUCGAACUGUGGGCCGCAGGAACACCUUCAUCGGGACGCCGUACUGGAUGGCUCCGGAGGUGAUCGCCUGCGACGAGAACCCAGACGCCACGUACGACUACAGGAGCGAUCUCUGGUCCUGUGGGAUCACGGCCAUAGAGAUGGCCGAGGGCGCUCCUCCGUUGUGUGAUAUGCAUCCCAUGCGAGCGCUCUUUCUCAUACCCAGAAAUCCUCCGCCCAGACUCAAGUCCAAGAAAUGGUCUAAGAAGUUCUUCAGCUUCAUCGAGGGCUGUCUGGUGAAGAACUACACGCAGCGUCCGCCCACCGACCAGCUGCUGAAGCACCCCUUCAUCAGAGACCAGCCCAACGAGAGACAGGUGCGCAUCCAGCUGAAGGACCACCUGGACCGCUGCCGCAAGAAACGAGGAGAGAAAGACGAGACAGAGUACGAGUACAGCGGCAGUGAGGAAGAGGAGGAGGAGGCGCAGGAGCAGGAGGGAGAGCCCAGCUCCAUCGUGAACGUGCCGGGCGAGUCGACUCUGCGGCGAGACUUCAUCCGUCUGCAGCAGGAGAAUAAGGAGCGCUCGGAGGCUCUGAGACGCCAGCAGCUCCUCCAGGAGCAGCAGCUCCGCGAGCAGGAGGAGUACAAGCGGCAGCUGCUGGCCGAGCGACAGAAGCGCAUCGAGCAGCAGAAGGAGCAGAGGAGGCGUCUGGAGGAGCAACAGAGACGAGAGCGAGAGAUGAGGAGGCAGCAGGAGCGAGAGCAGAGGAGGAGAGAGCAGGAGGAGAAGAGACGUCUGGAGGAGAUUGAGAGGAGGCGCAAAGAGGAGGAGGAGCGCCGAAGAGCUGAGGAGAAGAGGAGGGCUGACCGCGAGCAGGAGUACAUCCGCCGGCAGCUGGAGGAGGAGCAGAGGCACCUGGAGAUCCUGCAGCAGCAGCUGCUUCAUGAGCAGGCCAUGCUACUGGUGGACGACCGUCACCGGAGGAACGUGCAGGGCUCUCCUCAGGCCGCCGUCAUGCAGAAGCAGCCUCCCCCCGUGCCGCCGCGCUCAGAGCCCUCCAACGGCAGCAGCAGCGUGUCCGAGCCCAGCCACCGGCCCGCCGACCCGCAGGAUCUGACGGCCCUCGCUAAAGAGCUGCGUGCCGUGGAGGACGUGCGGCCGCAGCACAAAGCCACCGACUACUCGUCCUCCAGCGAUGACUCCGGGACCACUGAUGAUGAAGACGACGAGGAGGUGGAUCAGGACCUGGGAGAGGAGUCGACGUCCGGCCCGGAGGACUCCCGCGGAGGCUCGUCCAGACUCAGUAAUGGCGAGACGGUAGCAGCGAAGACGAUGGUUGUCCAAGACGACGACGCCUCCUCUACGCCGUGCAAAGACAGCACGCUGGUCAUGCGACAGUUCCAGAGAUCAGGGCCUGUGACAGUGUUGGGUUCAGGCUGGAAAGACGCUCCUAGUCCCAGUCCUGUAGAGAUUGGGCAGAGGAACUGCAUUAGGGGUCAAAAUCCCCUGCUGCCCGACCUGCUCCUGCAGAGUCAGCGCUCUACCCCCUCUUCCUCCUUUCCCAGCAGCCCUGCCCUGUCCCCCCUCAGUCCCUCGGACAGAGUCCCGUGCUUAGCAGAGACUCCCACCGUGCCGAAACACAAGUCUUCCUCGUCUUUCACACCCUUCAUUGACCCCCGUCUCCUCCAGGUUUCUCCAUCCACCGGCAGUGCACUCAAUAAUGCUGCUUACAGUAAUGACGCUCGACUGCAGGAGGCUCUGCGGCUGGACGCGUCCCGUAAGGGAUCGGUGGUCAACGUCAAUCCUGUCAACACACGGCCACAGAACGACACUCCAGAGAUCCGCAAGUACAAGAAGAGGUUCAAUUCAGAGAUCCUGUGUGCUGCUCUCUGGGGUGUGAAUCUGUUGGUUGGGACAGAGAGCGGCCUCAUGCUGCUGGAUCGCAGCGGUCAGGGGAAAGUCUACCCGCUCAUAAGCCGCAGACGCUUCCAGCAGAUGGAUGUUUUGGAGGGACUCAAUGUGCUUGUGACUAUAUCAGGGAAGAAGAAUAAAUUGCGGGUGUACUAUCUGUCCUGGCUGAGGAACAAGAUCCUCCAUAAUGACCCUGAGGUGGAGAAGAAGCAGGGCUGGACCACCGUAGGAGAUCUAGAGGGAUGUGUGCACUACAAAGUUGUGAAGUAUGAGAGGAUCAAGUUCUUGGUUCUGGCCCUGAAGAAUUCAGUAGAAGUAUACGCAUGGGCUCCCAAACCGUACCAUAAAUUCAUGGCUUUCAAGUCGUUCGGUGAUCUGGUGCACAAGCCGCUGCUGGUUGACCUCACAGUUGAAGAAGGCCAAAGGUUAAAGGUCAUCUAUGGGUCCUUCUCUGGCUUUCAUGCUGUGGAUGUGGACUCAGGAGCCGUCUAUGACAUUUAUCUGCCAACUCACGUAUGUACUGAUGGUGAAAAGCAUCUGAAUUUGUCCAGCUGUGUUUUCCUGACUCUUCAUCAUCCUCUUUCUUCAUUGUUUCAGAUUCAGACCAGUAUUCAGUCACAUGCCAUCAUCAUCCUGCCAAACACCGAUGGCAUUGAGCUGCUGGUGUGUUAUGAAGACGAGGGCGUGUAUGUCAACACCUACGGCCGCAUCACCAAAGACGUGGUGCUCCAGUGGGGAGAGAUGCCCACCUCUGUGGCUUAUAUCCGCUCUAACCAGAUCAUGGGCUGGGGAGAGAAGGCCAUAGAGAUCCGCUCGGUGGGAACAGGCCACUUGGAUGGAGUUUUCAUGCACAAAAGAGCACAAAGGCUCAAGUUUCUGUGUGAGAGAAAUGACAAGGUUUUCUUUGCAUCUGUGCGUUCUGGAGGCGCGAGUCAGGUGUACUUCAUGACGCUGGGCCGCACCUCUCUGCUCAGCUGGUAAAGCAGGAGUCUGAGCCACCGAUGGAGUUUCUCGACACGAUCAGCCGAGGCCAGGCCACACGAACGGCCCGAGUCCGCUGCAGGACUGACAACCGGCAAACACACAUAACUGAACCUGCUGCCUGAGGAACGACUCGAGUAUCUCCUGUACUAUUGCUCGUCUGUGUAAAUGUCUUUCUCUAGAGUUUAAUACAAUCUGACUCCGCUGAGAGGAACGCUGACAUCCUGCUGUUGUGCCACACAUAGUGUUCUGACAGUGGUGAAACACAAAAUGGCUUUGUUUUGUCAUGUAUUUUUAUUUAUGGCUUGUAUUUAUUUCUAGGUUCUUCUUUGUUUUUACCUAACAGAGUAGUUCCAGUAAUGUAGAGCUUGAAAUGUUUCCUGACAGUGUUCCCAGUGUGCUCUCAGGUAAUGGUCAUGUGACGUCAGCCGGAAGCGGACCGCUGCGUCAAACACAUGGGUUUGGAUGAAUAAGGCCGUUUAGGCUCUCUGUUGCCUCUCCUCCUCAUCUGGUCUGCUCUCAUGGCAUCUAUUCUCUUUCAUUUUUUAUUGUCUCUAACCCUCUAUUUUUCUUCUGUCAUGUGUCCGAUGAGUUUUAAUCAUGCUUUUGACAUGUCCUGUCCUGAAGCUCUGAAGAGCAUCUUUUUUAAGAAACCAUGAGUGAAAGCUUGUUCUGGCAUUUCAUGCAGUGGAGCCAGAAAACUGAAACUGAACUGUCCGCUCAACAUCCAGAGCAGAGAGCAACGUUACAGACCUGACAUUCAAUUCGUUUGGGAAGAGUUUGAAUGGUUUUAGAGAUGUGUGAAUGCAGAGCAUCAGAAACAUAGGAGUUUCUCUGUUAGGGAAACACUACCUUGAGCCGGAUGUGAGACUGUCAUGGACUCUGAUUACUAUGAUCUGAAACUGAACUGUGUGUAUUCAUGAAAGGCAGGACUGAGAGAUGAAGCGGCUAAACCAAAUGAAAGAGAUGAGCGCUCACGCACAGCGCUGCUUCUGUCCUGUCUUCUCUUCUCUUCCUGCUUUUAAAGUUUCCACACACACUACCCCCCCCCCCACACACACACACACACCCUCUCUCUCUUCAGCUGAUUGGAGUGAAUCUGUUGUGGUUACUGGAGUUAUUUUCUCCGUUUAGUUCAUCUCUCCUCACACACUACAGAUUUAUAUCUUCUAUAAGUUCUAUAUUUAUGUUACUUGUGUUAAAUAGUAUUAGAUCAUAAGAUUUUAACUAAGCUGUUGAACUUUCAGUAAGAUUUGUCAUAAGAACAAUGUGAUUGGUGCCAAUGGCAAAACUUGUACGUGUUUAGAAACAGCCACGAAAUGAAAACUGCUUUGGCGCCUUCUUUAAGUUUUAUCUGUGAAGUGAAUUCUGGGUCGGUCACACAGUUAAACACAGUUUCAGGUGUUGCCCUGAUACAGUGAGUCAGCUGGAACAAAGAAGAACGGUUUAAACAAGCAAAGUUUUGCCAGUCUUAUGUUCAUUGUUGUGUUUCAUUUGAAGAUUUGUUUAUUUUUUAUUUCAGCCAUCAUUGUCGUUGAUUGAUUAAUAAUCCAGCUGGUGUUGUGACUCUCUGGAGCUGGUUGUGUUUUCAGUCGUGGCACUGUACCGUACGUCCUCACUCUAUAUGACAGGAAUUCAUGUAUGUUCCUGAUGUUUUUCUUUGGAAAUAAAUUGGGUUUACUUUAA